CUGUGUGCCCUGUGGUGCCUCCGAGCAGCCCGCCGGGAUGGGGCGGUGGGGAGGAGGAGAAACGCCGAGCCGCGGAGGGCCGCAUCUGCUGGGAGCUUUCCUUCGUUUUUUCUGAUUUUCCUAAGCCCCCGCUCCUCCUUUGUGGGCAGGACGAAUGGGUCAGUCCUACCAUCAUGGCCGCCACCAUGAAGAAGGCGGCUGCAGAAGAUGUCAAUGUUACUUUUGAAGAUCAACAGAAAAUUAACAAGUUUGCAAGAAAUACUAGCAGAAUCACGGAGCUGAAAGAAGAAAUAGAAGUGAAAAAGAAACAACUUCAGAACUUGGAAGAUGCUUGUGAUGACAUCAUGAUGCUUGAUGAUGGUGAUGCACUACUGAUACCCUACCAAAUUGGAGAUGUUUUCAUUAGUCAUUCCCAAGAAGAGACACAAGAGAUGCUGGAGGAGGCAAAGAAAAGUUUACAAGAAGAAAUUGAUGUGUUAGAAGCCCGAGUGGAAUCAAUUCAGAGGGUCUUAUCUGACCUGAAAGUUCAGCUUUAUGCAAAGUUCGGAAAUAACAUAAAUCUUGAGGCUGAGGACAGUUGAAGGUCUUCUAAAUAUACCAUACAACUUUUCCUUGGUUUAAUAAAUAUUUUGAUAUCAUUGUUCCAAUUACAUUUAGAACAAAAUCCGACACUUCUUUUUGUUGUUUUGUUUUGGUUUGGUUUUUUUUUACUUUCCUCACUCGGGUUCCAUCUAUUUAAUGAGAGCUUUCUUAUUUUGGCUAUUGCAGUUAUUUAUUUGUUCAGGAAAGCAUUAGCUUCAUUAAUGAUGAUAAAGCAUCAAGAUUGGGAUAUUUGCAUUGUAUAUGAAAUUAAUAAAAUCAGGCACGUAUUGUA